GGCGUGCAAGCACGCAAGCAAGAGAUCCGAGCGCAUGCGCAAUUCAUUGUUUUGACUGAAAAUGCCGUCGGUUUCGAAAACGGCGGCCAAUGCGUCUCCUCAAACCGAGAAACCUACCCACUAUACAUACUUGAAGGAGUUCAGGACCGAGCAGUGUCCGUUGUUCCUCCAACACAAGUGUACGCAGCACAGACCCUUUACGUGCUUUCAUUGGCAUUUUCUCAACCAGCGGCGUAGACGACCCAUUAGAAGAAGAGACGGAACUUUUAACUACAGCCCGGACGUGUACUGCACGAAAUACGACGAGACCACAGGCAUUUGCCCAGAUGGGGAUGACUGUCCUUAUUUACACCGGACAACUGGUGACACAGAGCGCAAGUACCAUCUACGCUAUUACAAGACUGGCACUUGUAUCCAUGAGACAGAUGCUCGAGGGCAUUGUGUGAAGAAUGGCCUCCACUGUGCGUUUGCUCACGGGCCACAUGAUCUCCGACCUCCAGUCUAUGAUAUCAGAGAGAUUCAAGCACAAGAGGCCCUUCAAAAUGGACAGUUAGGAUCUGGGGAAGGUAUUCCUGAUCUGCAGCCUGGUGUAUUAGCCAGCCAAGCUAUGAUUGAGAAAACCCUGACAGAAGACCCCCGGUGGCAAGAUACCAACUUUGUUUUAGCCAACUAUAAAACAGAUCAGUGUACUAAGCCCCCAAGACUAUGCAGACAGGGCUACGCUUGCCCCCACUACCACAACAGUAGAGAUCGAAGACGAAAUCCUAGAAAGUUCAAAUAUAGGUCAACUCCCUGCCCUAAUGUGAAACAUGGGGAUGAAUGGGGCGAACCCUCAAAGUGUGACAGUGGAGACAGUUGCCAGUAUUGUCAUUCUCGCACUGAACAGCAGUUUCACCCAGAGAUCUACAAAUCUACCAAAUGCAAUGAUAUGCGACAAACAGGAUACUGCCCCAGAGGACCGUUUUGUGCAUUUGCACAUGUAGAAAGAAUUCCCUCUACAGAGGAGACCAUGAGCUCAUUGCUAACAGUGAUUCAGUCAAGUUCACAGUCCCAGCUGGGCUCUCAGCAGUAUUCAGAGUGUCCAGUCAGUGAGUGGAACAGUGGAGGCAGCUCCACCACCAGCGCAACCAGUAGCAACGGACAAGUAGGAAGUGUUUCAUGUUCUAAUAGCUCAACUGUAACUCCAAGCUCAGGAAACGACAGUUUGUUAUCCCCAGUGGGAUCCAUCAGCAGGUCCAAACCCUUAACUAAUAGUAGUUUAUGUUCAGAGUCCACCACAUCCAGUGUCUCAUCUCUGACGUCUAACUAUCCUAAAGCUCCGGGCUUUGAACGUGAGGAUCAGAUUAAGAACAAGGGGCAGUUGGAUCAGAAAUUGAUGGACCAAGAAAAACAGACACAGCAUACUGUAUUCUCUGCGGUUAACCCUUUGGCAUCAAGCUUUACCUCCAGUAUAACAUCCAGCUUGGCCUCUAGUAUUGGCUCCGAUAGUUCUUCACCCACCACCUUAUCAACAAUGAAUGCAAAAGCCACUCCUUUCUAUCCAGGGAGCAACACAGUGGAGUCUGUCAUAGGAUCCGCUCUGGACCUUAACUUCAGUGACAUUAAUGUUGCAUCUCUUGACAAGGAGUUUGAGGAGCAAGACAACAGUGUAGGAUUGGCAAGUCAAAGGGUGCUAGGUGGAUCUGCUCCAGUUAACAUUCCUGGCUCACUGGCACGAUCGUCCUCUUUUAAUUCCUCGUCUUCGCUCUCCACCUCCCCGCUAAGCUCCCUCUCCCAGUCGCUGUCGCAGUCCCUGCUGUCUGGGACGCUAUCGCAGCAAAAUCAACCUUCAAACAUGUUAGCCAAGCAAGAGCAUGGCCUCCUGGGAACACCCGCCUCUUCUUCCCAGAAUUCUUUGGGCUUGAAUGGAGGGGCUAGCAGCAUUUGGGACUUUGUAAGUGGCAGCUUUUCACCGAGUCCAUCUCCAGUUUUCAGCAGCCUAACCUCUGGAACCAGUAGUGCUGAUCUGGCCCGCCUUUUUAGAGAUCUGGACGAGGCCAAGAGGAAAAUAAAACAAUGGGAGGAGGCCUGGCAUCAGGUCAAACAAGCCUUUGAAGCUUGCCAGAAAGACGCUCAUGAAGCAAAGGAACAAGCAAAAACGGCCGAGACAGAGCGGCAGCUGGCAGAACAAAAAUGGGAGGAAACAGAGCGCAAGCUGAAGGAGCUCCAAGGGGACUUUGAUGUGCUUUGUCGCACCCCUGGAACACCUCUUCUACGGAACUAUGGAGAGCUGGACGAGCUCCCCUUGUCAAAGCUUCACUCCAUCCAGAGUCAGCUGCGUAAUGACCUAGACCUUGUAGACGGGGUAAUAUAUCAGCUUCAGUCAAAGAAAUGUAUAGUUUGCCAAAAGCAUGAUCGUUGCAUUGUUCUGCAGCCUUGCCAACAUUAUGUACUAUGUGAGACCUGUGCACCUAGUAAAACAGAAUGUCCCUACUGUAGAACAAAAAUAUUGAAGUGGUGAUGUAAAGUUAUUCGAGGUACUAUUUAAAGAAUUAGCCCUUUGGAAAAACUACUAAUAGAUAUUACAUUUUCUAAAUAGCAAUGUCUGUUUUAUACAGUGAUUAAAUUAAUUUAGGAUGCAAUGAUGUUUGACUGACAAUACAAAUAUAGUAUUAGGAAUCAGAUGUGCAGGGGAUUCAAUCAUUAUAGUUUUUGCUCAUUUUAUGUGCACAUUACCUUGCUCAUCCAGGUAGCUUUCUGUAUGAAAAGCCACACACUCAAAAUUAGAAUAUCAAAUUACCUUGCAGUGCCCUUUCUCAAAUCUUCAAUCAUGAUUUGGACACUCUAAAGGACAUAAAUAACAUGUCCAGAUAUCUGCUUUCCAGAAACAAAAUGUAUACAUGCGUUGCCAAGCUGACAUAUUGCUCUUAUAGUCAAUCCAAAAUUACAGAUUAUAAAAGAAAUAUUGCAAAGAGGACCAAUAAACUUGGUUUAAAGCUGUAUACACAAAGACAUUAAUGAGUGUGAGUUUGUAUUUCUGCCCUCAUGUUUAGCUUUUUAUGGAUUGAAAAGUUUUCACUGCAGUUUGGAAUUAUUAUGGAUAAAUCUCUGAUCUUUUUACUUCAUGCACUUAAAGUCCACCUGACGCAAAAACGCAAGGCAUUUCAGUCCCACGUUACUUUUGAGAAAACACUGUAGAAAUGUGUGUUAAAUCAAAAGGUUUUAGUGAAGCUGUUACAUCACAGAUUCUUGUAUUUGAAGUAAGAAAUACAAGAAGGAAAGCUUACUCACUGUAACUUUAUUGUUAUAUCUUAACUGAAAAGUUCUAGUUUUAAAAUUACAUAUUAAAAAAACUCUUAUGUCCUUCUCAUACUGUAAGUCUUUAGGUCAUUUUUCAGUCAUUCUGAUGGUGGGAAAAGUCUGAUAAACAAAGUAUUCUUUGUAAUAAUAUCAAGGGGAGUUGCCCUGUAGCCCACUGAUCCCAUAGGGGAAUUGGAAAAUGAAAAUGUCACUGUUGUGGAACAGCACUAUCCCACACAGUGCUACAUAAAUAUAGACAAAGCCAUUGUUAAUAUUUUACCACAAUAGCUAGUGCCAUAGGCAUUCCAGGUUCUCAAAUGCAAAGAAAUCGCUGUGUAAAUGUUUGAAAUGCACUGCCAGGAAAUGUUGAGUUCACUCCCACUCAACAAGUCCGGUGAUGGUAAACAUGAAAUGGGCAAAACUCAAAGCUGAUUUUUUUUUAUUUUUUUUAUUUUUUUUAUUUUAAUUAAAGAGGAAUACAUCAAAGGCAAAUAAUUCACUCGGGAGCUUUUGGAAGCAAAUCAUCAUUUAACCUAAGCAUACCAUUUACAGAGUAUGGAGCUGCCAAAACGCAGGUGUGAAAUGGGUCGCUGAUCAUCUUCGUUGUACCAGAAAGCCCCUGAACGUUCAGAAGCUCCAUGCUCAGAGGAAUUAAUACACACUUUCAUUCAACACUAAAAAUGGUAAUCUUUUGGCCAAAUUAUUGUCCAACAUUUGAGACCGAAUAUGCAGAUUUGUUGUGCGUUUCACAUCUGAGGUAUUAUUGCUGAACCACACCUGUGUCUGUAAAUCAGCAGCAGUACAUCCGACUAACCUAGAAAACAACCAAACACGUGACACAUUUUAGUGUUCCUCUUUAAGUAAAGCCACAUUUUCAUUAACAUAUUUUAAUGCAACCAGUCAAGCAUCAUUAUUUUGACCAACUCUCUGAAGAAGUUUCAUUUAUUAUUAAAGCACUUUGUUGACCUGGGACUUUAUUAAAGGGUGUAUAGAAUUUUUGCUUUGAGCUGCUUUCUAGGUAUUCCUGUCUUUUUUUAGAUUUAUAUUUUUUUUUCUAUAUAUGUAUAAGCUAAUGUCUCAAGCUUUUGUGUGUACUGUGAAACAUAAUUUGGAUAUGUCCUCUUGUUAAAUCAUGGCAUGGUUCUAGAUAUUAAGAUUUCAUAAAACAAAUACUUAAUAGUUUCUACUUUCUUAGUUCGAUUUAUAAAAUUUCAAUCAAAUAAGUGCAAAUUUAAAAUGCAUUUUCGGCAUAACCAGCAGCUGUAAUAUCAGUAAGGCACAUGCUACAUGUUCAGGCUGUUCUUCAAUCAGUUAGUUAGUUUUGUUUUGUAGAGAUUUAUAUAGCCUAGCCUAUUAGAGAAGCAUGUCUUGUAUUUGCUAAAAGCCUGAGAUGGUGAUUUUUGUAGGAAUCUAGCCUCUUGACCUUGUCUAGAACAUAUCGGCCUCUAACUCUAAAGUGCCUUGCCUUAGUUAAAAAGGUGAAGUGUAGAAUUGUCAGAGCAAAAACAAGUAGUUGAAGCUUGCGCACAGGUUUCUGCGUAACAUGUUUUGUUUAAUUUUGCAGAAGCAUUGACGUGUAUGACUAUAUGUGUGUGUGUGUGUGUGUAUGUAUAUAUAUAUAUAUAUAUAAAUAUAUAUGCCAGUGUAUUUGGCCCAAUCCCAGUAAGUAUUUCUGCGAAAGAUAAUUGAAAACAAACCUUGUCAGUGCCUGUGUCCUGACCUUAGAAAUGAACCUUCCCUCCACCCACCCACCCACUCAUUCCUUGGUCGUGGUGCUCUUUUGGUGCAGCUUCAGUCUGUGAAAUUAGGUUUUUCAAUUCAACGUUUGGGAGUAUGCAAACAUAGGUCACAUGAAUUUAUAUAGCAACAUAUGGAACAAAAAGCUUUUUAAGCAGUUUACUGUUUAAUUUGUUGUAUUGUAAUAAUCCUGCAGUGAAUGAAAAAUUCCGUAGUUAACUUGUAAGUUGGAAAGGACUUGCUUAGGAAGUGCUUAGGUUCCUCUAAUUGAAAUGACCUUCUACUGUGUUUAAAAAAAUAAUAAUAAUUAAAUAGAAAAUCAUGUAUCUCAUGGUACACUUUUUGCUACUUCUAAAUAUGGGAAAAUGCAUUGUUUACAUUCACAUAAAUGACAGUUAUGAAACUCAGAGGAAAAUUAUAAAGAGUUUUUGGUAUUUAAGCGUUUUCAUGUUUUAUGAUUUCAUCAUAUUACAGCAUAAAAGGCAGGCUAAACACUUCUGGUAUUGCAUAUUUUAUUAUAACAAUAUUAUAUUAACCAGCUAUAAAAAAAAAAAAGAAGGAAAAAAAAGUUUGCACUGGGUCACACUGCCGGAAUAUUGUAUUGACUUAUUUUUUAGUGUAGUAAAGGCUUAAUAACUUCUGCAAGCUUUGCUGCUACUGGAAAAGUGUAGUUUAUGUAGUUUUAUUAGUUUAUUGUAAUACAAUUAGAUGUUUGAAUGUCGUUGUGCAUCCACUGCUCGGAUUUCAGAAACUAUGACACAAUGUUCUGAAAAGUCUCUGCAUCUAACGUGACUAAAUCUUAUUUUAAUUGAAUGAUUGAUUUGUAAAUCCAUUUGAGUCAACGUGUCAGUUCUUUUGUAUAUGAUGAAUGAUGUCACAGACAUGUUCUGCUGUAGAUUGUCCCAUUUUUUAAUUGAUGGAAGGUAAAUGUAUUUUUGUCGGAUUUCUUCGCACACUCCCCCAUACACUGGAUAGCAGUGCACGGUGCAGCUAACUUCACAAGGUUCUUUGGUCUAUUUUGGUUUGCCUGGGAGGCUAACUAAAUUAAUGAUGUCUAGUGUGGAAAUCUAAAAAUCAACCAAAGUAGUGUUCCAGUAGCUGUCCAAAUAUUUAUUCUAAAGGGAAAAUUUACCCGUGAACAGAGUUAAAAUCAUUUCUAAGGUAUUGGACAGAUCAGGCUGUAGUUGUGGAACAGGGCCGGGUCUGGCAGGUCAGAGCACCAGGGCCAUCCAGAUGGAAGUGAGAACGCAUUGUGAGUGGCAGGAGUUCUGUUUUUGGAUGGAUUUUUGCUUUAAUAUUUCAUUCAGUAGGGCAUAUAUCCUCGUAGUGAGUAAACAACAGGACUAUGCCGAUGGAUUUUGCUUGCAACAUUAAUGGACUUGAGCCCAUUUUUUGCAGUUUUACCAAAGACCUGAAGUGUUGUUAUUUCUUUUGUACUACAUUUCAUCAUUUGUUUUAUUUCAGUAAGAAAUCUAAAUUGAUUUAAUAAAGUAAUCACCUAGUACCUUAAAUAGAUAAUGUUCAUUAACGGUAAUUAAUGGAUUCUUUUUCUAUCUAAAGUUAGCUAAUAGUGAGUAGUUACAGAAUUGAUCAAAAAUGCAUGGUUCAGAUCCUUACAAAAUGUGUAUUUGUAUAUUUGAUUUUGUGUUAAGUAUACAUUGACGUUUAUGGCAGGUUUGUGCAAUACUGGCUAGCACAUGCCGACCUUAAGUGAGGAUUCAGUUUAAGUGUUGUCUCCAGUAAAGGAAUGUCAAAGGUGUAUGACAUUUGUGCUUCUAAAGUGGCCAUAUAAACUUUUGUUUGUUGAUUUUACUUAACUACAUAAUCUCUAUCACUUUGGAAAUUGGUGGUUAUGCAUUAUAUGCUGUUAUGAUAGGCCUACCAUGACUGUAAGGUGCUUUCUUUCUAUCUGACUCUUUGUUUUCUAUUUCUUAAAGCCGUGGUCCAAAUUAGUUUUUGGUUUUGGAAAAUGACAGGACAGAUGAUUGUGACAAACAUCAAUGGCAGAUACAGACAUAAUUAAAACAUAGUUGUUGUUGUUAUUAUGGUACUUCGUUGUCAGUCUCUCUAGUGGUCUACUCGCCCCAAUUCAAGCUUUCUAAAAAGUAAUGAAACAUUCACUUGAUAAGCACAGGUUACAUUUCUUAAGAUAUGUUAAAAUUAUCUCUAAUGGACCAAUUUCAAGUACAUCUGUGCCUUUUAAUAACUACUUAAUGCUGAUUGGUAUCAUUAAGAGAAUAUGUCUCUAAGACAGUGUUUGCUCUCAGUCAGAUGACAAAAUAUAACAUUCUUAUUUGGAAUCAAAAUUCUAGUGCCUUACAAUAUUUUUGUGGACCACAAUGUGAUUGGUAAAAUGAUCCUCUGGAUUCAGGCCACUCAAACUGAAAUGGAAAAGGCUGAUCUAAUGAGAUUUGCUUCACCAGUUCCAAAUGAGGAAACAAAGGAUAUAAUUGACUUGAUAAAUUUCUGUCUGUAUUUGUCAUACCAUUCAAAAAAAAACACAGCAAUACUUAACCAUUGAAUACACAAUUUUGAUCUCAAUUAGUCAUUUGGCACCAAAAACUCUUCUCAAAAAAUGGUUUGUUAGGAAAAGCACCAAAUAGAAAGAAUCUUGUAAAUGAACUGUAAUAGAUGUAUCAUUAUGCUCUGCAUUGAAAUGGUUUCUAUUUUGCAUUGUUGUUAGUUGUUGUGUUGUCUUUUGGUUUUAAUAUUUUGAAAAUGAAGCCUGAAGAUUUAUGCAAUCUUGUACAUGUAAUGUAUAGGAGUAGUAUGUAUGGAGCUGUUCAAAUUAAGUAAAUACUAGUACAACAGCUUUUGUUAAAAGUAAAUAAUCUGAAUGUGGAACCAUUUGUUCCAUAUACUUUAGAACAUUUCAGUAGAAGUGUUAUUUUAACAUUGAAGCCCUGAAAUAUUGAAUGUAUUGUCCUAAAUUAAAUAUUCAAUGAAUAGGUCACUGGAUAUUAUGGAGCGCAGUUAAUUCAUAUUGAUGUAGCAUCUAGCUGUGAACUGCUAUUCAAUAAAAUGUAUUAGAACUAAAACAAA